AUGGCUCUUACAUCUGGUUCAGGUAUUCCUAGUAAAUCCUGGAAGCCAGCACAAGUUACCUUAGACACUACCAUGGGUAAAAUAAUAGUUGAGUUAUACUGGAAACAUGCAGCUAAUACUUGUAGAAACUUUGCUGAAUUAUCCAGACGAGGUUAUUAUGAUGGUGUCAAAUUUCACAGAAUUGUAAAGGAUUUUGUUAUACAAGGUGGAGAUCCAACAGGCACAGGAAGAGGUGGUGCCUCUAUAUAUGGUAAACAUUUUGAAGAUGAAAUUAACAGAGAAUUAAAACAUACAGGAGCAGGAAUUUUAUCAAUGGCCAACAGUGGACCAGACACAAACGGUAGUCAAUUUUUUAUCACAUUAGGACCAACUCAAUGGUUAGAUAAUAAACAUUCUAUAUUUGGACGUGUAUAUAGUGGUAUGAGUGUUGUACAUCGUAUUGGGAUGGUGGAAACAGAUCAGAAUGAUAAGCCUGUUGACGAUAUUAAAAUUGUGAAAGCAUUUAUAACACCAUCUUGA